AAUCGGCAAGCCAAGCGUCCGUUUUGUUUGUUGUGUGGCAGCCUCUCUUUUUCUGCUUUUUCCAAACACUACCUCUCUCUCUUGCAGACCAUUUUUAGUGCUUUUAGUGCUCUGUUGGCUCAGUUCUACGGUGCAACAAGCGUGGAUGUCAGUGUUGCAGAGUAUUUUACGUAGUUGGACAGGGAUAGGUAUUACGGCCCUGUGCACCACCUUCUUUCUGUCCCAGAGCCCUCUGGUGCAUUUCGGACGUCGGGCAAUGACUUCCGUCGCAGCUCCGAGCAAUAUUUCUCCUGGCACGUUCUCGGUCUCCUACGUGACCGCUCCGGACCAGCAGGUGGCCAAGAAGCUCGCCGAGGCAUUGGUGCAGAAGAAGCUGGCGGCAUGUGUUAACAUCAUCCCCAAUGUUGUUUCUGUCUACGAGUGGAAGAAUGAAAUCCAGACAGACUCUGAAGUCCUCAUGGUAAAUGUGAUCAAGUCUCGGACGUUGCGCCUCGACGAGAUGACAACCUUUGUACGGGAAAAUCAUCCUUAUGAGGUUUGUGAAGUGAUAUCUACUCCGAUACAGCACGGAAACCCGCCCUACCUCAAGUGGCUGUCUGAAGUGGUUCCAGCAGCUGGAGAUGGUGAUGCCCCUUCUGGCACCAAAUAGGCAAUUUACAUACUUUUUGAAUAAUAAAGGGCUCAUCAUUUGUUGCGAAUGGCUUUAA